UUCCAUAUGCGCGCAUCAUGUUACGGGUCACCUAGGUUACAGAGCAGUGCAUCAGUGUUGUGUUGAAUAGGAAAGGGAGAGAGAGAGAGAGAGAGAGAGAGGUAGGAGGAGAGAUGGCGUCGAAUGCGGCCGUACCGUUCUGGAGAGCGGCGGGGAUGACAUACAUAACGUACUCGAACAUAUGCGCAAACAUGGUGAGGAACUGCCUCAAAGAACCCUACAAAUCUGAAGCCCUAGCUCGUGAGAAGGUCCAUUUCUCCGUCGCCAAAUGGGUCGAUGGCAAACCCCAAAAACCCAUUGUUCGUUCGGAUGAUCCUGAAGAAUGAAGCAGGGAGUCAGUUGCCAAAUCUCUUGUUGGGAAAGUUCUUUUUCUGCCGAAGUGCUUCCGUUUCAUCGAGUUUAGUGGGUAUGAUUUAUAUUUGGAUUUGUAAUGCCUAAGCACUUGAAACAAUGCUCGUAUCACCGGGUUUUGCAUGGAACUGAACUUUUAAUAAUGUGGCUCAUGUUGCUGAAAACAUGUUUACAGUUUUGUUGUUGAAUAGUUUACUGCUAGCCUCUGAGAGGAUUUUAUUA